GUGUAUGCAGCUGUGCAGUAUUGCCUCCGACUCCGUUGCGAUACCGAUAAGCCACUGGAGCACUUUAUGCCGAGCUCCGGCGCCCCUCGGGAUUCCACAUGCGCUACGUCGUCCACUCCGAAAGCGCUUUCAAAUCAACGCCAUGCGUCCUUUCCAAAUUAUGACAUGUCUACCAGAUUUCCAUGCCCCGCUUUCGAGAAGGGAUCGCUUUUCUCUUCCUGUGUUAGAAAUGAACAGCUCAACGUCCUUGGCACGUUGGGCACGAUCUGGGUCAGCGGACCCUGCAGUCAGCAAGUCGCUAUGUAGUUAUCGUUGAUAUCAUCCAGCAUCGGUGCUGAAUCAAUUGCCAUAUAAAUGAAGCCCUCUGCAUACAUUUACUGCACCAGCAUCCUGACAGUAUCUACGUUCAGCGCUCAUCAUGGAGACUAGAACUCAAUCGGCCCUUACAAGCACCGGCACCACGCCCGACAACCAAUCGGGAUUCGAGCUUGAAGCAAGCCAACUAUGGAACGAGCAGCCCGUGAACGAGAACGAGUCUUUACUACCGCCGGCCGAUGGCGGGAAAGAUGCAUGGUUGUUUGUUGCAGCUGGGUUUAUGGUGGAGAUGAUGGUGUGGGGUUUUCCAUGGUCGUACGGUAUCUUUCAAGAGUACUAUAGUUCAUCCCCAGAAUUUGCCGGUUCGUCUGGUAUCCCAGCUAUUGGCACCUCAGCGAUGGGUAUUUUGUAUAUGAUCGCGCCGUUGACUUUCGGUUCGUUCACGCGCUGGCCGCAGUACAGGAGGAAGGCAAUGGUCGCUGGUGUAUUUACCAUGUGCCUUUCGCUUGGGCUGAGCUCGCUAUGCACGACCGUACCGCAGCUCAUUGUUACUCAAGGCAUCUUUUAUGGUGUUGGCGGCGCAAUAGCGUACUGUCCUUGUAUCAUACUCUUGGAUGAAUGGUUUGUAAGACGCAAAGGUCUUGCAUUUGGUAUCAUGUGGGCAGGUACAGCACUCGGUGGCGUCGUCAUUCCGCUAUUGCUGCAGUUCCUUCUCAAUCGCUAUGGCUUCCGCAACACGCUACGCAUAUGGGCAGGCCUACUCUUCGCAGUUCUUCUACCCGUUACAAUCUUUAUCAAACCACGGCUGCCUGUCCCGGCAACUACUAGGUGUCGAAUCACUUUCAACUUUCUCACAAACAAGACCUUUUGGGUUUUGCAAUCUGGAAACAUCCUGCAAGGCUUGGGUUUCUUUGUACCAUCUAUUUACCUUCCCACAUACACCAAGGCAUUAGGAUUCAGCAGCGCAGUUUCCGCUGUUCCUCUCAUCCUCCUCAAUGUCGCCGCAGUCAUUGGAUCCGUCAGCAUGGGAAGCAUCAUCGAUCGCACACAUGUCACCACCGCCAUCCUCAUUUCCACCAUCGGUGCCAUGAUCUCCACUUUCCUGAUCUGGGGCUUCAGCACUUCUCUACCACCAUUGCUGAUCUUCUGCUUCACAUACGGACUCUUCGCGGGUAGCUUCGCGAAUACCUGGCCCGGCAUCAUGAGAGCGGUGCAAACAAGUACGGGACAGAUGGAGAGCUCUAUGGUCUUCUCCUUCUUGUGUAUGGGUAGGGGUAUUGGGAAUAUCGUGAGUGGGCCGAUCAGUGAGGCGUUGAUCAAGACGGGAACUCUUGGUGAACAUGGAUUGUAUGGAACGCAAUAUGGCAGUUUGGUGGUUUGGACAGGGGUUAGCGCUGCGCUUGGGGGUGUGAGCAUCAUCGGAAGGAGGGUGGGAUGGCUGUGAUGGAGCAUGGGCCAUCGCGACGCGGCAUGGCGCGAACUGGCGCGCGUGAUGUCACUUCCGAGACGCGUGCGCUGACGACCCGGAAUGCAUCUUCUUGU